UGUGACUGCCGCUAUCUUCAAAUUACUUUAAUUUCCGAUUUCUUUCAGUGCGAGUCAUAUAGGGGACAUCUUAAGGAAGAGUUAUGGCGGCGAAGGGCUAAGUGGCCUGGGUCCAGAAACUGUGUGGGAUGUUCCAGAAGGCGAGUGAAGAAUCAGUUUUGAUGCUCAACAAUAAACAUAAUCAAGCACUCGUGUUUGCGGAAAGUGACGGGAACGAGCGUGUGAGAGGACGCACGCGCGAGAGAAUUCGAAAGAAAUCAGCAAAAUUACCUCUGAACCUUCAACUUUUUUCUCUCAGAUAUGAGUUCUCACUACUCUCGACCCACCAACAUGGCCAGAUUCUAGUGGAUCCUUUAGUCUCUCAAGGGAAUUUGAUUAAAUUCAUACCCUCCUAGAUUUUUAAACCAAACCUGCAUGACUCUGUAAGCCUAAGGAAAGGAAAUUGCAUAAAAUAUCACGGAACGAGCGUGUGAAAGGACGCGCGCGAGAGAUUUCGAAAGAAAUCGGCAAAAUUACCUCUGGACCUUCAGCUUUUUUCUCUCAGAUAUGAGUUCUCGCUACUCUCGACCUACCAACAUGGCCAAACUCUAGUGGAUCUUUUAGUCUCUCAAAGGAAUUUGAUUUUUAAACCAGACCUGCAUGACUCUGUAAGCCUAAGGAAAGGAAAUUGCAUACAAUUUUCCAAGUUCCAAGACCCCAUGAAUUGCAGAAAGACUUAAUUCCAUUAUUUCCCUCGUCGAAUAAAGUUGUUGCUUGAAAUCUAUUGCAAGUUAUUCGAGAAAUUCUUGGCUACUCUCAGAAACAUAAGUUGAAGGGAGGGGGGGAGGGGAGGGAGGGGGAGUCAAACUGUAAUUUGUCGCUUAACCACCAACAAAUAAACAAACAAGUAUAAAAGUUUCAUCCUUAGUUUUUACACUUUGUUACUUAUUUUUUAGAGUUCGUCGGGAUUAUGCGCAACCCUUCUGUGUCACAGGAUUCCAUUACAAAAGAAACAGAUCUGGUUAAUGACGUGGAUUAG